CUCCAGGAAAAAGGACGGACGGACGGGGGGAGCUGGCGCACGGUGUAACGGGACGGUACCUUUCGGCGUAAAGACGAAACUUUGUAUGGACAUGAGGAUAUUUUGGAAUAAUUCCUGCUUGUUAAAAGAAAAGCGGAGCUCCUGAAGGGAAACGGCGUGUUAAAACGAUCAGAAUUAGCAGCUGCUGGUUUUUAAAAGGGAAUUUCCGACCUCAAUUAAACAUGACUAAAAUUAGAGUUUGACCAAAAAAAAAAAGAAAAGAAAAAAUGAGCACCGACUACAGAGCUGCACAUUAAAGUAGAGGAGGUGGUCAGGGAAGCCCGCCAAUGUCCACCCUUUGUCGGCACUUCAGAGCAACUUGUUGACACAUUUUAUUUUCCAGGAGUUUCAGUAAGAAGAAAAAAAAUAACAGUAUGGCAGAACACGAGAGCCUGGAGUUUGGAAAAGCAGACUUUGUGCUUUUGGACAACGUGUCUAUGGAAGAAUUCAUGGCUAACCUAAAACUCAGGUUUGAGAAGGGGAGGAUCUACACCUACAUCGGCGAGGUGGUGGUGUCUGUCAACCCUUACCGUGCCAUGAACAUAUACAGCCGGGACGUCAUAGAACAGUACAAGGGCCGUGAGCUCUACGAGAGGCCGCCACACCUGUUUGCCAUUGCUGAUGCUGCUUACAAAGCCAUGAAGAGGAGGAACAAAGACACUUGCAUUGUCAUCUCAGGGGAAAGUGGAGCAGGAAAAACUGAAGCCAGCAAGUAUAUAAUGCAAUACAUUGCUGCUAUUACCAAUCCUAAUCAGAGGGCUGAAGUUGAAAGAGUAAAGAACAUGUUGCUGAAAUCAAACUGCGUGUUGGAGGCCUUCGGCAAUGCCAAAACCAACCGUAAUGACAACUCCAGCCGCUUUGGCAAAUACAUGGACAUUAAUUUUGACUUCAAGGGGGAUCCCAUCGGAGGCCAUAUUAACAACUACCUGCUGGAGAAGUCCAGGGUAAUUUUCCAGCAGGAAGGCGAGAGGAGCUUUCAUUCGUUCUACCAGCUACUCAGAGGAGCUCCAGAUUCCCUUUUACGCUCGCUUCACAUCCAGAAGGACCCAAAAGCAUACAAUUUCAUCAAAGUUGGAGGCCAGCUUAAGUCUUGCAUCAACGAUGGUGCUGAUUUCAAAGCUGUAGCUGAUGCCAUGAAAGUGAUCGGUUUCACAGGGGAUGAGAUUCAGACUGUUUACAAGAUCCUGGCAACCAUCCUGCAUCUGGGAAAUUUGACAUUUGGAGUGGACGGUGAUGUGACCCUGAUAGAGAACACAAAGCUGGUGUCUGUGAUCAGGGAGCUGCUGUCCACCAAGGAGGAAAACGUGGAGAAGGCGUUGCUUUAUCGCACGGUAGCCACGGGACGGGAUGUCAUUGAAAAACAGCACACAACACAAGAGGCCAACUACGGGCGGGACGCGCUAGCCAAGGCCAUGUAUGAGCGCUUGUUCUGCUGGAUUGUGAGUCGCAUCAAUGACAUCAUUGAGGUGAGGAACUAUGACGCCAAAAUCCACGGGAAAAACACUGUCAUCGGGGUUCUGGACAUCUAUGGAUUUGAGAUUUUCCAGAACAACAGCUUUGAACAGUUCUGCAUCAACUACUGUAAUGAAAAGCUGCAGCAGCUCUUCAUCCAGCUGGUGCUAAAGCAGGAACAGGAUGAGUAUCAGAGGGAAGGCAUCCCCUGGAAACACAUUGAUUACUUCAAUAACCAGAUCAUUGUUGACCUGGUGGAACAGCAGCAUAAGGGCAUCUUUGCUGUGCUGGAUGAAGCCUGUAUGAAUGUGGGCAAAGUCACUGAUGAGGUUUUUCUGCAAGGACUCAAUACGAAGCUGGCUAAGCAUGCCCACUACACCAGCCGCAAGCUCUCACCAACUGACAAGAGUUUGGAGUUUGACAGAGACUUUCGCAUCAGGCACUAUGCAGGAGAUGUGGUGUACUCAGUGGUGGGUUUUAUUGAUAAGAACAAAGACACUCUGUUCCAGGAUUUCAAGAGACUGCUGUACAACAGUUCCAACUCAGUACUUAAGGCCAUGUGGCCUGAGGGCAAACUGAGGAUCACAGAGGUCACCAAGCGACCGCUGACGGCUGCAACACUCUUCAAAAAUUCAAUGAUCUCAUUGGUGGAGAACCUCGCCUCCAAGGAACCCUACUACGUUCGCUGCAUCAAGCCCAAUGAUGUCAAGUCCCCUCUGCUCUUUGAGCAUGAGCGCUGCCGUCAUCAGGUGGAAUACCUCGGGCUGCUGGAGAACGUCAGAGUGCGUCGCGCUGGAUUCGCCAACAGACAGACGUACCCUCGCUUCCUACAAAGAUAUAAGAUGAUCUCCGAGUUUACCUGGCCAAACCACGACUUGCCAUCAGACAAAGAUGCAGUCAAGAGGCUCUUGCAGGGCUGUGGGUUCGACCACGACGUGGCCUACGGCAAAACAAAGGUCUUCAUCCGCACGCCGCGGACGCUCUUCAGCCUGGAGGAGCAGCGAGCUGAAAUGGUUCAGAGAAUCGUCCUCUUCCUCCAGAAAGUGUGGAGAGGAACUAUAGCCAGAAUGCGGUACAGACGCAUGCGAGCUGCCCUCACCAUCCUGCAGGCCUACCGACGCUACAAGGUCAAGUCUUACAUCCGUGAGGUCAACCGUCGCUUCAAAAACGUGCGAUCCAUGAAGGAUCAUGGCAGGCACGUGAAGUGGCCCACGCCCCCCAAGGUUCUGCGCAGGUUUGAAGAGGCGCUCAAGAGCAUCCAUAGCAGGUGGUGGGCAUGGACACUGAUCAAAGGCUUAUCUCCAGAGGAGACCCUGCAGGUGAGGGCCAAGGUAGCCGGCCUGGAGGCCCUGAAGGGCCAGAGGGCUGAUUUGGGGCUGCAACGGGCCUGGGAAGGAAACUAUCUGAAGCGAGACAGCCCUGACACAGCAGCAUCGUUCACACUGGUCUCAAGCGAUCUGCAGCGGAAAGACAAAUUCAUGAGAGUCCUGUUCUCCUGCAACGUACGCAAGAUCAACCGUUUCCACAAGUCGGAGAACCGGGCUGUGCUCAUCACUGACCGCCACCUGUACAAGAUGGACCCCCUGAAGCAGUACAAACCCAUGAAGAGCAUCCCCCUCUACAACGUGACAGGGCUGAGCGUGUCCCCCGGGAAGGACCAGCUGGUUGUGUUCCACACCAAGGACAGCAGGGAUCUCGUGGUGUGCCUGCAGGGUAUGGUGCCUGCCAAUGAGAGCCGCAUCGGGGAGCUAGUUGGCACCCUGCUUAGCCAUUUCAAGAGUGAGAAGAGGAAGCUGCAGGUGAACAUUGCGAGUCCCAUCCAGUGCAGCAUGAAUGGCAGAAAGUGCACGGUCAUCGUUGAGCCCAAGAUCAACCAGUCGCAGCCGGACUUCACCAAGAGCCGGUCUGGGUACAUCCUGGCUGUUCCUGGCAACUAAAGUGGGCCGAGACAGAAAAAGCAGCUGAUUUUGAAGCUGUCUUGAAUAAUAAUGAUGAUGAUUCACUUGUUGUGUUGUUUUGCAGAGCUGCUAAUAAUGUGACAGAGCAGCUCGGUCCUCAGUUUGGAAAGCAAUGCCAAAUUUGAAUUUUCAGUUGAAUUCUAGGCGGGGGGUUUUUUUUAUAUGCACUAUAUGAUUAUGCACCAAAGAGGUGUUCGUUCUUUUUUUAGAAUCAAAAAUUGAAAUGAUUUGCUUUGUGCAAUAUUUUUUUUUUAUUGUGCAUUGAUUAUUUUGAGUGGAGGUGAGAGGAGAUUAUGCAGCAACUGUUCUCAGAACCACUGAUGUUGCAUAAGAGACAAAAAAAAUAAAAUCCAAAGGCUUUGCAGCAAUUCAUAAUCCCUGCAGCUCCGUGUGUAGGAGCCACAUCAAAAGUGAAACCAUAAAAAAUUAAGUAAGAGAAAAUUCAUGUAUAACUUUGAUUCAUCUAAAUUGCUUUAAAACAGUAGAAACCUGUUUUUGUUUUCUAAAUAACUUUAAUUAUAAUUACUUUAGUUGCAGACUUGCCUGCGUAAGCGGUGAGUGGAAGGUUGUCCACUUAUAGUUUUUGUUUCAAUAGUCACAAUCACUUAAAAGGACAGUGAGCGAGAAUCAAAUAGCACAUUUUUCUUUUAGUUUUAGUCACAGGGUGUUGAGCUGGAUGUGUUGAGCACAUCCUGAACUUUGCAGCCAGCAACACGGAAAAAAUCUACUAAUUUUAAUCUUGUAAUCUUAUAGUUUCUGUGCGAUGUCUGCAGUUUUAUAAUAAACACGCUAAUGCUGCUUAUGUGAGGUUAGAACGUGCUGUUUGUGAACAGCAGUGCAAAUAUGUGUGCAUGCAGAACUUACACUGCAUUUGGUGUAAACAGGGAUUCUGUAACUCGUUAACAAAAGUCAAAUAAGUGGAUGAUGACAUAAGCGUUACUUUGUUCCCUACAAGUGUUUUCAGUCCAUAUUUUCUCCAAACGUGAGACUUCAUGUUCUUACUGGCCAGUACUGUAUAAUCCCAUGUGAACUCCAGCUCCUAAAUGCACUCUCAUUUGCUGUCUUUGUGUCUAGUGAAUAGCCUGAUGACUUGUAGUGGCCCUUAGUCCUUUGGAAUAGGCUUCCACUUGACAAAUAUCCCCUUCAUCAAAGGAGAGUGAGUGAGUGUGUGUGAGUGCGAUUGAGGGAGUCUGUGUGUGUGUUGAUUAGCUCUUUUCGCUCUUCACUUCUUGGCUCAGAGAGGCUGGCUGGUAGCCACCAAGAAGGAGCGAGGACAGAAGGGUGUGACGUCCUUAGUCAGACUGCUGUCCCCAUGACUUUUCGUAUAUUUUGUGGUCUAUUCAGAGACUUCAUUUACAUCUUAUCUCACUAAAAAAAAUUAAUCACACUUCUCAAAGUGUGAAAAGCCAAAUUGUACUAAUCUAACCAUCAGCGCGUGAAAGUGGCUCUGGGUCUGGUUUGUAAUGUUCUUACAAGCUGUUAGGUGAGUGUCCAUUGUUAGCACAUUCCAAUAUGCUGUUUUUGUGUUUUUUAUAUUAAUUACAACAAAGUGUGGCAGCAUAAAAAUUGCAAUAUCUGUCUUUAUGUGCAUUGGAUGGUGAUAUUCAAAUUUCGGUGGUUUUCAGCAGUGCACAUACAAACAAAACCAGGAAGCUUCCUGCAGAGUAGAUCUUGAAUUGUAAACACAGAUGGCUGUGAAACUACAGUCGAUGAAAGCCUGAUGCUCAUCUUCAGUCAGCAACAACACUCUUUGCUUUUCUUGUGUAAAUACAGUUUUGCUACCAUGCAACAAAUAUAUAAGCUUAAAAGUAAAAACUCUUGACUCUGGCAGUUUUAAAAUCAUUCACACAUAACCUCAUUUAGUUGGUUUUUCAGGGUCUUUUGAUAAAAGUUCAUAAUUUUGAUCAGCCGAUGACAUUUCUACUUGUUAAGAAAAAAAUGCUUGACAACAACAUUUUUAUAGCUAGAAAGCUGCAUUCAAGAACUUCACAGACGCAGGUAUUGAGCUAUAUGCAGCACUUAACAUACUAAUAAAAUAAAAAUUAAAAUGGGUUCUUUCUGAUUUGUCAUUUGUCACCAAAAACAUCUGCUAAUGAAAGUCAGGUUGGUUCUAAAAUAGGGAAGGAACAGUUAUGCUGUCGGAUGCUUUUGUUGAGUCCAAAGAUUAUCGGAAACUUUUAGUACUAUAUAAUUAUUCUGCCCACAGUCACAGGGCUGCAUUGUCUCUGUGUAAAGACACAGGAAAGAAUCUGGGUUAAGGAACAACAGCCCAAGGUUAGCAAUGGAGUUCCCUCUGUGUCUGCCCUAGUUGAAGAGGCAGGCUUCGUCACAACUGAGAGGAAAACUUGUUAGCAGUCGUUUUAGCCACAGUUCUCUGACUGUGUCUGAGUGUUGUAUGAACAAGUCAUUUAUCUAAAUUAGCUUGUGAGUGCCCCUCUCCCCCAUUUUUACCUCAGAGCUUUUCUGCUGGAUGACCUUGUCCUGUUGCUUGAUAAGACACAGAGUUGUUUGGGGAAAUUGGUGCAUUCGUGGUGUGGAUUAAGGAAGUGACAUUGGCAGCGCUAAUAGGUGGUUUUCAGAGGAGCUCAGCAAAGUCUGUGUGUGUGUGUGUGUGUGUGUGUGUGUGUUAGCAAUAACACUGCAGCUCUCCAUAUCCUCCAACAUGCAGUAAUCUCCCACAGGGCUUGUCCUCUCCUCUCCUCCUCUCUGCGCGGCUAUUCACCGCUCAUCAUUAGGAUGGACUCGGUGUCACUUCUCACUUCAGCGCUUCUCUCGUUGCUUUCUUAAGUUAAAGGGGGUUGGUGAACAAAGCCCUGCCCGGGAUCCUUUCCUGUACUUGCUCUGCUUCUUUUCUCCUCUCUGCCUGCCCCCAUUCCUCCCUCCUUCUCUGUUUUUGCUUCCUCGGUCAAAUCACUUGGCUGCCUGCUCAGCUAGGCUGGCUGUACCAUCCUGCAAGGCGAUGAAGAUCCUUCAGGUUUAUACAAUUCUUCAGUCAUCCUGGAGUCGAGAGGUGUGGCAAUAAAGAGGGAGAGUACACCUGCAACAAGACAAGGCAGAAAAUAUAAACGAUCAGAAACAAAGCUCCUUUAAAUACAGAGACAAAGAUCUUAAUAAAUAUGAAGGAAAGGAGAAGAUCUCUUUGUCUUGGAGCCAGUGAAAAGCUUUGUCACAUCUUUAUAGGAACACUCACCUUACCUGUGCUCUCUGACAGGCGUCUUUACCAGCUUUGAUUUUACACAUUUCCGAAUAGUUAUUAAAUCUGAUGCACUAAUGACUACCCACUCUGUUCACAACUACAUGUGAAUUAUAGUCUCUGAAUUAAGAGCAGUGGCCAAAUCAAACCUUCAGCACCUUCAACUUCACAGCCAGCCUGUCAAUAUUGGGCCAUUUCAUUGAUUCAAGUUGGAAACCUAUCCAGAAUAGCUCUGCCUCUUUACUGUCUGUAAAUACUGACACACAUACUUACUCACCUUGUCUUUGACAGAAUUUCAUGCCCUCAGCUCCAGAAGGAAGCAUUAUAGAACCUAAAAAACAUAUAUAUAUAUAAAACAUAACUAACCCUCCGAUAGCUUACAUUUCAUUCACCUGUAUUUUGUUUUUUUUAUACCUUGAGGUUAUUUAAACAUACGUGUUUUGAAACUGAUGGAAAAUUAGUGCUGCAGGUCUGCAGUGGAUCAAGUGUGUUUUGGGCACCACAGCUCUGCACUGGGAACAUGACUGAAAACUAUAUCUGAUGUCAUGUAGUGUAGAUGACAAACAUGCAAUUUCAUUUUCACAAUAAUCUUCAGUACUUGGGCAUUGUAGAUUUAGCAAAGGUUACUGAAGCACACAUACAGUCGUUGUGGAUGUAACCACUGCAUCAGAAAUGCAUUGAUGCACAGUUAGUGCAAUAAAUGUUAUACAGCACAAAAUAGUCUGUGCAUUCAUUUUAAUGGAGGGACAUGUCGCCCGGUAAUACAGUGAUCUGGAUGGCACAUGUUUUUGGAUAUGUACACAGUGUGUUGUUGGCUGUGGGGUUUUCAUGGGAUUUAUUAAUAUGGAAAAAUCACAAAAUUUAUUCUUUAAUGAUUUUUAUUAAAAUCUUUGAUGUGCGAGUCUAAUCAAAGAUAAUUACUUUUCCUUUAUGCUGAUUAGAAGUUUUACCAUAAGAUUAAAAAUCAAAGGCAAGAUCAAAUAUGAAUGUUAACAUUUAUGGACUUGUGCCAUUCUUCACUUUAUUGUGGCGUGCAGUGAGAUGCAGUCUCUAGUUUCUGUUAUCAAGCCCAUCCAUGUUAGCCAAAGUGAAACAAAUUCCCUUUUCUUUAUUGUAAUUUAUUCUGUCGUCUGUAGCUUUAAGCUAAAUCUGUAUGUAUGCAGCAUUCGUUCAGCAAGUGCCUAAUUUUAUAUUAAGUUUGUAUUUUGCAUAUUUGUGUAAGAUGUCAUUAGUACCAUAAAUAUACUGUAAUAUAUUUAUGGUACGUCUAAAGGGAAAUGCUGUAAUAUUCUGUAUGAAUGCUAGUUAUAUUUCUUAAUGAAAGCAAUUUCAAUAAUUGAUUUAUUAAUAAAUUUAUUUGCUUCACUAA